AUGAACAAAAGCGCGGCCAGCCAAAUACUGGAAAUCACUUUUUCUGAUGUCGGCGAAGAAAUUGCGUCUCCAAUUGACAUUGCCAAUAUUGAAAAUCUACCCUCAGGCAGUAAGCAAAAUAAAAGUUCACAUGAAUAUUUGAAAGAAUAUAAUAUACUAAGUGAGACCAAAAAGAAAAGAAGUGGAAUUAUGAACACCAGCUCUCGCAAUAAUUUGGUAGCAACAACAAAAGCGGGGAGUCCAUCGUCUACUGCACUUUCAUUAGAGCUUGCGCGGAUGAUGUUAAAACGCCGCGAAAAAGGUCUUAAGAUGAAAGAAAUUGCAGCGCAGUCGACUGCCAGCUAUGGUUUGGCGCAACAACCAACUUUUCUGCAUGCACCAAUUUUAAACACCUCCAAGAAUGCCUACGAUUUAUUCGCGGCCAAAAUGUUGCAGUUGUCCAAUCCGGAAAUUUAUUCCAAAUGCAACCGCCGCAAUCAGACACCUAUUCAACAAAACGUAAGUGGUGAUGAUGGUGACGUUGGUAAGAACAGAUGUUUUUGCGAUUACAAAACUCCAUGUAAUCGACAAAAACUGCGACAAAAUAUUCGUAAAUGUAUGCAACAUCGAAGGUUAAAGCAAAUUAGAUCGUCUGAGCAAACCAUCAGCUUACAAUACCGACCAAAUAUAGAUGGCGUUGCGGCAACAUUUGAGACUACGCUAGAAGUCGAGUUAGGAGCAGAACUAGAAAUCGCAGUAAAUGGUAGUGUUGUUCAAAACCAGACUACAACUAUGCGGUCAGACAGUAGUGCUUACAUAUGUGCUGACGCGGAUAGAAGAACAACCGCAAACAAUGAGUUUGCCUCCACACUUCUGUCGAAGGAAGCACUUUUUCACACUAAUGUCAAUGCAACUUGCAGCCAUGCUAUAAUACCGUCAACUCUAAAGAUUGGUAAGCCGAUUACAAUAACAACAACACUCAAAACCAGCUUUUUAAGUUUGGUUCGAAAUGCGUUUUUAAUGAUCGCUUUAAUAUUAACGGUACUGACUCUGCAACGAGUGAGCGGACAGUAUCUCUUAUCCAUAGCUGCAACUACUGCGUCUGCAACAACGACCAGAACAGCGAGAGAUAUGGGAGCAACAACUAUAAUUCCUGUGAGUUCUACGACUGUUAAAAAUAUGUUCGACAUAACUGAAACAAAUAAUAUACAACCCUGCGAACAUCAAAAAAUAAGACUAAAAAGGCAGGAUAGUGCACAGAAACAACCAAAAUCAUAUGUCGUUCAGAAAAGUAAUCAUCACAGCGAUUUCAGCCGUGUUUCUGCAGUAAAACUACAAAACGCUAAAAAGCACAACAACAGCCAGAUUGAAUUUAGUAAAUUUAUUUAUAAUAACUAUAAGAAAAGGAAGUUUUUUAAUGAGAAGCAAAUUGAAGUGCGCCAACAGAAGAUAAUAGCAUUGCAACAGAGACAUCGCAGCAAGCGCGGUACAGUCGAAUCUAUUGUUACACAACUUAAAAGUAAUAAUACGGAAUCAGACAUCAAUAGCAAUAGAAAUAGUAAAAACGAUCGUACUUUCAAAAGUGAAUUAUCUGGUAAUUCAAAUAUAACCACCAAUAGGUAUAACAUUAAAUUUACCGUUGAAGAUUCAAAUCAAAAAACGCAUAGUGCAAAUGAUCAAAAGCUGCUUAAAUUGGUAAUGGAUGGAUUAGGUCUUGAACAAUUGCCUAAUAUGAAGAAAACAACAUGAACAGCCGCUAUCACCAUGACCAGUGAACUACUUUUUUUGUUGGGGACUACUUUGGUUUAAAAAAAAUAUAUAUUAAAAAUGUAAAAAACGA